AAUGAACAAAUUCUAACGUUUGUAUUAAGCUUGUACCCGUUUGUACUGUGCUUAAAAUGGUUUGUUAGUUGCUCAUUUGUCAUUCAAUAAAUAAAUAUCGAACAUGAGUUUCACCGGCCAAUUAGUAACAAGCGGUUUUUAAUAGUACCACUCCCUAUUGAUAGAGAAUCGUUUGUAGUUCGAUAAUUAAUUGAUAUAAUUAUUGAUUAGUGGAUCCUUUGACAUACAGAGGUCAAUUGCGGGUUCAGAAUUGCGGGUGGCGCCCUGCCUCCUCCGGGGUGAGGUACUACGAUGCCACUGGGGUCACUCAAACCCCCACAACUGAGCCUCUACUUCAGUUAAUCCUCUUUGAGCUAUGCCCUAAUUAUUUAUUUUGAGUACCCACGUGGAGAACGUAGGUCAACACAAAUUUAACCGCCCAUUCUUUGUUUGCUAAAAAGUGAUGAAAAAUAAGUUCGUUGUAAAAUGUUGUGGUGCAACGACAGUUGAUGAUUUGCUUUAAUUUCAUAAUGAGAUAAAUUAUGCUGUUAAAGUCUGUUCUCCGGUGCUGUUUUACAUAUCAGCGGGUUUUCCAGUGGAAAUGCCGGACUAAGUUUCGUUGUUUUCAUAAUGAAGUGACUCCUGGAUUAUCACCAGCCUCGUCUGGGCGUAUAAAAACGACUUUGCGACAGUACAAUGUCAAUUUUCAAGAGGGACAUGCUUGCAUUGUUAUCAACUGUCCCAUUUGUGAUAGUUAUAAACACCAUGAUACCAAAUUGUACAUAAAUAAGACAACAGGAUUAUUCGUCUGUCCAAAAUGUAGAUAUACAGGUCUCUGGGACGUUUUGUCCCGGAUAAUAGGACCGCAAAAAUCUGCAAAGAACGUUGAUUUGGCAGCGAUAAAACAAACUCUUCAUAUUGAAGAAGAUUUCACAGAAAAAUGGAUCAAUUCAAUGGAAUCCUGUCAAAAGAUUUCUGAGCUGUCAGAAAAUAGUUAUAACGAGUUAAUCACGAAUUACGCAUUUCCAAAAGUAACACAAGGUCAGAUGGACCAACUAGGCUGUCAUUACAAGGAUACUGAAUCAUCAUUUUAUUUCCCUUUGAUGACAAUUGGAAAUAAAAUCGCUGGAUACAAAUGCCUAUCAUUUAGUCCCAUCGUCAACGAGAAAACUGUGCCGAGUAUUGGUGCCAAUGGUUUGAUAAUUUAUAAAGAGAAGAAGACAAAAACUGAUGGAACAGCAGUCGUCGUUCCCUCGGUAGAAGAUUUACUGGCUUUAAUAGCCGAAAAAUCAGCCAACACUGUGGUCUGCCUUCCUUACGGGCUCCAGCAUCUGCCACUUCACAUUCUACCGAUCCUUGAGCCUUUUAAAAAAUUAAUACUCUGGUUUGACAAUGAUCCUACGAGCUGGGACUCAGCGAGGCAUUUUGCAAAGAAAUUGAACGAGAAGAGGUGUUUUUUUGUGAGACCAACGAACCAUCAGCCCAGGCCGAAGGUGGCUGCAGUCAGGGGAUAUAAUUUGAAGAAUAUCCUUCAUGAGGCACAGCCCAUCUGGCAUAAGAGUAUCACAACGUUUCACGCAUUGAGGGAGGACAUUUUGAGCGAUCUGCAGAAUAUCGAUAAGGUCGAGGGGGUCAAGUGGAGCAGAUAUCCGACAUUAAAUAGAAUCUUGAAGGGACAUAGAAGAGGAGAGUUCACGGUUCUGACUGGCCCAACAGGCUCAGGAAAAACAACUUUCAUCAGUGAAUAUUCCCUGGACCUUGCAAUGCAGGGUGUUAAUACCCUUUGGGGUAGUUUUGAAAUCAGAAACACAAGGCUGGCGAGAACAAUGCUCCAGCAAAUGGCUGGAGUAUCACUGGCGGAGAAUCUCCAGGAUUUUAAUACUUAUGCAGACGAAUUUGAGAAGCUCCCAAUAUAUUUUAUGACAUUCCACGGCCAGCAGAGCUUAGCAGUUGUGAUGGAAGCGGUGGAGCAUGCAACGUAUGUUCACGACAUAGCACAUGUCAUCAUUGAUAAUGUUCAGUUUAUGAUGGGAAUGUCAGAAGCCACUAAGCACCUCGACAGGUAUUGGAGGCAGGACGUUAUCGUCUCGGCCUUUCGAUCAUUUGCUACAAAAAAUAAUUGUCACGUUACUUUAGUCAUUCAUCCGAGGAAAGAACGUGUGGAAGAGGAUUUGACCACAGCUUCGAUAUUCGGAGGGGCUAAAGCCAGCCAGGAAGCUGAUAAUAUCCUCAUCAUUCAGGACAAAAGACUGACGAGUCUCAGGGGUAAAAAGUACCUGCAAAUUGCCAAAAAUAGAUACAGUGGAGAUCUAGGAGUUAUGACGAUGGAUUUCGAUAAGGCCAGUCUCAGUUAUCAACAGAAAAAGAAAAGCAAAAGUGAAGAGUCUGUUGAGGAGGGAAAAGACAAACAAUUUAAGGAAAAAAGAUGACAGUGAUUCCGCCAUUAUGUAUCAUAUUGCAAAUAUUUGACGAGAAAUAUAUUUUGUACAAUUGACUUUUAGAAAAUCCAUACUUUUGGAUUGAGGAAUUUGUUGCUCAUCAAUUUAUCCAGUUAUUAAAAUUAAAUGAUACGUCACUAAUAAUUUAUUUCUGGACAAGGAAUUUUGCAGUUGAACUGUGAGAAUUCUAUCUGUAUCAGUUAUUCCAUAAUUAAUCUAAUCCUCCCCUAGAAAA